AUGGUGGUUGUUGCAGUUGCUGGUGGUUCCGGAGAUGUCGGAAGGACUAUAAUCGAAGAGCUCAAAAGGGCAACUAGAUUCAAGAUUGUCCUGUUAACUACACAGAAAGAUCUACAGCUUCAUGGCGACAUUUCUUCAAUUUUUGUCAAUUACAAUGAUGUCGCAUCCAUCACCCGUCAGCUCGAGGAGCAUGCUGUCCAUACCAUCAUUUCCACGAUCUCCAUGAGCUCAGACGAGAGCAGUAGGUCGCAGGUCAAUCUUAUCCGAGCAGCGGAAACUUCGACUUCGACUAAACGGUUUAUUCCAAGUGAAUAUGCUUAUAUCAAUACCCCUGAGCUGCUAGAGCUAGACCCCACCACGCAAUGGUGGCUCGAUGCUGUUGAAUGUCUUAAAAAGACAAAUUUGCAGUACACUCGAUUUGCGACCGGUUUCUUUAUGGAUUACUGGGGCAUGCCCUACAUAAAAACCAAUCUGGCGCCAUUCACAUUUGGCAUCGAUGUGUUAAACUACCAAGCUUCGAUUCCGGGAGACGGAAAUUGCCUACUAAGCUUGACUUAUUCGGUCGACUUGGCAAGAUUUGUCGUCAAAACUCUUGAUUUGGACGAGUGGCCAGAAUACAGCAUUGGAGUUGGGGAGGAUAUCAGCUUCAAUAGUAUGUUGAAAUUGGCUGAAGAGAUUCGUGGAAAAAGAUUCCAGGUCUCUUAUGAUAGCGUUGAGAAACUCAGGGCAGGUCAAAUUACGAUGCUUUCGAUUCCAAAAGACGCUCCAUACUCAGCACAAGAGGUUAUGGAAUACAACGCUUUGUUUGGACAGCUGGCAAUUCGAGAAGUCUUCCAUGUACCCACUGGAAAUCGACUAAACGAGAAAAUGUCAGACUUGAAGCCAUUGACAUUCGAAAAAUUUUUGAAAUCGGCUUGGGAAGGUCGAUAA